AUGAAGAUACAGUGUGAUGUGUGUGAGAAUGCUCCGGCGACGGUGAUAUGUUGCGCCGAUGAAGCAGCUCUCUGCUCUAAAUGCGACGUCGAGAUUCACGCAGCUAACAAACUCGCAAGCAAGCACCAACGCCUUCAUCUCGAUUCUCUCUCCACCAAAUUCCCUCGCUGCGACAUCUGCCAAGAGAAGGCAGCUUUCAUAUUCUGUGUAGAGGACAGAGCUCUGCUUUGCAGAGACUGUGAUGAAUCGAUCCACGUGGCUAACUCUCGCUCUGCUAAUCACCAGAGGUUCUUAGCCACUGGGAUUAAAGUAGCUCUGAGCUCAAGUAGUUGCAGUAAAGAAACGGAGAAGAAUCAUUCCGAGCCUUCCAACAACCAACAGAAAGCUAGUCAGAUUCCGGCUAAAGCCCCAAGCCAGCAACAACCUUCUUCUGCUACUCCUCUCCCUUGGGCUGUUGAUGACUUCUUCCACUUCUCUGAUCCUGAAUUCAACGAUAAGAAAGGACAGCUUGAUCUUGGGGAGAUAGAGUGGUUUUCAGACAUGGGUUUCUUCAGUGAUCAGAUUAAUCAGAAGACUCUUCCUGCAGCUGAAGUGCCCGAGCUUUCGGUUUCUCAUUUAGGUCAUGUUCAUUCAUACAGACCAAUGAAGUCGAAUGUUUCGUACAAGAAGCCGAGGUUAGAGAUCAGAGACGAUGAUGAUGAGGAGGAGCAUUUCAUUGUCCCUGAUCUUGGCUAA